AACUACAUCCAGGCGCUCCACCUCAGCCAGGCCCAGAAGCUGCCCCAGAUCCCCCAGACACACAUCCAGACUGGGGAUCAGUACAAAGACUGCUCUGAGAUCUUCAAGGAUGGAAAUACGGCUACUGGUCUGUAUAUGGUCCGACCAGACCAGUCUCCUAACUCCUUCAUGGUGUUCUGUGACAUGAGCGACGGAGGAGGCUGGACUGUCUUCCAGAGGAGGAGGGACGGAACAGAGUCCUUUGACAGGGCUUGGGUGGAGUAUAAGCACGGCUUCGGGGACAGCCUGUCCGAUGGAGAGUUCUGGCUAGGGAACGACCCCUUGCACUACCUCACCUCCCAAGGCGACUAUGACUUAAAGAUCAACAUGGAGGACUUUGACGGUAAUCAGCGCUUUGCCAAGUACAACAACUUUAAAGUGGAUGAUGAAAAGGACCAGUAUCAGCUCCACCUGGGCGAAUACACUGGCAACGCGGGGGACGCCCUCCCCGAAGCCCACCCCCCUGCCGGCACGAAACCGGACGGUCGUGACUUUGGUCGCAACGGAAUCAAUUUCAGUACCUACGAUCAUCCCAACACGGAGGACGAGAAGUGCAUUCGCCACGACCAGUCUGGGUGGUGGUUCAGCAAGUGCGAGUCCGGCAACCUGAAUGGCCACUACUACAGCGGGCCGUACCAAGCCAUGACGGACGACGGGGUGGUCUGGUACACCUGGCACGGCUGGUGGUAUUCAAUCAAAUCCGUCGUCAUGAUGAUCCGCGCCUCUGACUUCCAACCGGCCGGAUAUGACGUGAAACCGACCGGAACACCGGACAAGAAUGAUAGAGGUUUUCCUCAGUUAGGAUAG